AUGCCUAAUUCUCUGGACUCGUCUCGACCCAUCAUGGCACCCUCGACCCGAACCUCCGUGCGCUACAGCACAUACAGCGUCACUCCUACCAUCGCAACGACUGAUUCUGCCCAAAACGAAAUCCGCGAAAUCACCAGCGGCCUCGAGCGCAUGGAGAACCGUGCCCUCUCCCAGCAACGAGUGAUGCUGACCGAGGAGAAGAGCAUGCACAUGAGCAAGCUCGCCCUCGGUGCAAAGCUAGAGAGGGCACUCGACCGUCGCAUGUCUUCUCAGGAUGCCGUCAUGCGGCCCAGGAGUAAGAGUGUGACUCUGAACGAAAAGACCCAGUAA